AUAUGAACCUCUUUAAAUCAGACACUGAGUCAGAACUAGAAGAAUCAGACGAAUUCGAAGAAGAUUCCGAAAUCUCGGAAGAAGACCAAAUGAACUUCAUCAGGGUAAAGACCCCUCAAGAAGUCGUUCUUGAAGAAUUCAAAGAAAGUGAGAAGAAUUUUGAGGGAAAACUCAAGGAAUUCCAAAGAAGAACCAAUAAAGAUAUCAUAGACAUUUGGGAGACCAGGAAUCUUAAGAACCAGAUCCUAGUGGAUAUUAACAAUGAAGAGUACCUCCCAGGCGUGUUUGACCUGAUCAACCUGGAGGAAGACAGUAUCUUGAGGAAAAUAUUAAGCACAUUUUCGUACCUUACCAUGGAGAUCAAGAGUUUGACCAGAAAUAUCGGCACUAAAUUCUAUGACCCACUUAUAUGCUGGGGAGACAAUGGCAACCUAGAGAAUAAUGAUGAAAAUGAAGGUGAUUGUAUUAUAGAAAUCUCCAGGAUGAUGAAUUUAUUUAAGAAUAUCUACGACCUAGUCAAGAUGCUCAGCCCAUUGACUAAAAAUAUGCUAUACCAAAUUAAUGCGAUGCUCAAAUAAGAAGACCACCCUGUAUGAUAAGGUAUUUAAGAAGAUGGUAUUCCAUCACUUCUUUGACAUGCUUGGUGAAGCUCUCUCCGUCCUCGUCACUCUUGACGUAAUUGUCUCAGAAAAUAAAAAUUUCGUUGCUUACUGGAACAUGUACAACAGAAUGUUUCUAAAAUGCAGGAGUAAUCCCGAGCCUUAUGGAGCAACAAAGAAAAAUAUUAAAUAUCUUGAAAGAUUCUGCAGGAGAUUAACUACCAAAAUCCUCACGAAACAGUUGUUCCUCGAGUAUAAUAAAGAUCUGGCAACUACUAUUGCAUCCGAAUUAGGAAAGGAUGGGAUUAGCAAAAAUAAAGAAUUUUAUGAGAAAUACAUGGAGUAUCUGACAGUCAAAGUUAAAAAUAUUGAAGAAGAGCUACAUAUUAAAGAGAAUUCCCAUAAGCCUCUUCUAGCAUUACUCACAAAUUAUGCCCUGAUGAGGGCAUUAUUCACAAAGAAAGAGGAUAAGAAGCUGUAUAAAUAAAAUUUGGAGCUUGCAGAAAAUAUGUCCUCUUAUUGUCGUGUAUAACAACCUUACCCUGAAUGUAGGUAAUUUCCUCACUGUUGUAUGCCCUCUUAAGAAGAAGCCAACUCUUGACCCUAAAAGUGUAGGAAAUUUCUUGAACGAUACUUUGGUAAGGUUUGAUAAUAAUUUCCUUGCUUUUGUCAACACCCAGUUCAUGAGAGUAGUCACCUGGAUCAUCGAAGUUAAUGGUAGACUCUUCUCUGUGCUCGAAGAUGGUGACAGGCUUGAUGUGGUUGUUGAAAACAGAGCCCACAUCAUUGUUAAAGGUAUCAACAUGGCCUACGAAAUCAAGAGGACCCUCAAACAGCUUCUGUUUCUGCACCAAGCCUUCGGUAAGAACUUAGAACAGAACAUCCUCAACGGAAUUCUCCAGUGCAUUGAAAUGCUCAAGUCCAUGGAGGAAACCAUCCAGAGAAAAAGCACAAGACUCAGCAACUACACAUUUGUGAUGCAGAAAGUGUUCGUCAACAAGAUCAUCAGGAAGCUCCAGGACUCACAGACACUGCUCAGAAGAGCCAAGCAAGACCCUGCUACUGCAUGCAUGCUGGCUGCCAUCAAGAUGGCUCUUCGCAUUUUGCGUGGAGGCUUCGGAACUGCCAGAGAAACCAUCUUCUUGCACUGCAUGGACUUCUUGGCGCACUCGUCGAAGUCGGUGUUUAAGAAAGAAGACCUCAAAGAAAUCGACAGCAUGGUCAUCAUGGCCAGGAAGAUCAGAGACUGGAAAUACCUCAUGGGCAAGAGCACCAGGUGCACUUUCUUGUACUGGGUCAGGUCGCUGGUUCCAACCAUAUUCAAGCACAUUUUCAAGAAGUUCCACAGGUUCAAGAGGAUCAGGUAUGUGUGCCAAGCGUUGCACGACCCGAUCAAAAUGCUGAGGAACGUACAGCAUCUUGAGUCUCCGAACGUGGCCAUUGACAACUACAAGAAGUACAUCACAAAGAGUUUCAACGAGGUGAUUGUACAAAAUCUAUGAUCGAUGAUUGAGAAAGAUUUGAGGAUCCAGAUACACGGGAUAUUGGUACCAAAGCUUAAGCAGCAGAAUCCACUUGAUGAAGCUGUUUACGAUUAUAUGAAUUUCCUCAGUAUAGAUGAUAUUAUUCUAUUCGAAAAUCGUAUAAAUCUAAAGAGCAGGGUAUCCCAAUAUCUUAGUGAGAAGUUUUACGAGAUGACCGCUCUCACCCCUUUGGAUUGGAAGACCUAUGAACAUAUCAGAGUCUUAGCCAAGCAAACAUACGGUCUUGACAUUCUCGAGACUCAUUUACCAUCUAAAACAACUGAUCAAAAUGUAGAUAUUCUCCAACUAGUUAGAAACAUUCACAAGUUCUGAUGAACAUAUCAUUAUAAUCUCCACACUCAAGCUUUCAUUGAAAGGACAGGUGAGACGAAGCAGAUCAAGACGAUUGGAAUUGGGCAGAUGUUGAACUCCCUCAGAACUCAUGGGUUUGGGUUCCUGAACUCAGCAGUAAACACUAUCUAUAAAUACAUGAUCAAACUAAUGAGUAUGACUUCUGAAUUCCUCUAUGAUGAAUACAUUUCCUCCCCUCUGUUAAUAGAGGCUAAGGAAUACAAAAGAAGUCAAUCGACCAAAUACUCCUUCCAGAAGGCCCAGCAAAUGUGUAAAACAAUGAAAGCUCUUGGCCAAGUCGAAGGCAUGCCUUAUUUGGACAAGUUCAGGGAGGUCAUAACCAUGAUCGGAAAUGCGUUGGGAUACGUAAGAUUAAUAAGAACUGCAUCUAUCAAAGAUUCCUCCACUAUGAUCAGCUUUAUCCCAAAGAACCUCGAAGAGCCAAAGUUCGCACAUUACUGUGAAGAGAUGGGAAUCGAUGGAGACCUCAAGAAAGCAGCAGAGAUGUUCGACGAGUCCAUCAAUAUCUUAUUCAAACAAGAAUCCGAAGCUAAGGAUUACCUCAGAGAAUUAGUUAAAGGCCUCGAUGGUGUCUUCGUAGGAGAUGAAAAUAAGCAUAUGAGACAGUUCUACAUCCUUGUACCUGCCCUCACCAUCAAUUUUGUAGAAAGCUUAAGAAGAGCCAAGGAGAAGGUCAUUAAAAAGAGGCAAGUUGGUGCUUACAUUUCCGACGAUGGAUUCGCAGUUGGCCUUGCCUACAUCCUCAGAGUCCUCCACCAGAAUAAAAAGUUUGGGUCCCUCAAUUGGUUCGAGUCGAUUGAGCAAAAUCUCCAGGAUGAAAAAGACAAUAUCCAAAAGGCGAGACAACAAUUAACAGAAGAAGUAAAUGUGGAAAGAGAGAUCAAUCUCAAAAAGAUCAAGGUAUCUGGGGAGGAGUACACUCUCCUAUACUACAGUUUCAAUGCUGCUCAGAUAUUCUUCAAAGAAAUGGAGGAAGAAUAAAUAUAACUCUUUCAACAUA